AUGCCGAACCAAAAGACCCGCCCAGUAUCCAUCACCCCUCUGCCCAGUCUCAUCUGUGAGAGCUUCGUGACGGACUGGGCUUACACGGACCGCAAACACAGCUUCGACCCCCAGCAAUUUGGCAACAUAAAAACAACCUCAACCACUCACUACUUAAUAAGUUUUCUUGACUAUAUUUACAGUAAUCUGGAGAAUCGGAAAACAUCUGUAGCAGCUGUCCUUGUUGACCUGAGCAAGGCGUUCGAUCUGGUUGACCACACCACCGUCAUCCAGAAGGCGUUGGCGAUGGGGCUACGUGAGUGCGUUGUGGCGUGGCUUGCGGACUUCCUCGCAGACCGGCGCCAGGCAAUCCCCCUCCAGGGUGCUACCUCUACCUUCCUGCCCCAAACGUGUGGAGUUCCCCAGGACACCAAGAUCGGACCCUUGUGCUUAUUAAUUCUCAUCAAUGACGCCCUCCAAGAUACGCCCCACCGCUGGAAGUACGUUGAUGACUCCACCUUCGCAGCGUCCGUCAACAACAACAACCACGACUAUACGACAUUGCAGACGACCCUCAACAGCCUCCUCGACUGGACAGCAGACAACCACUCAACCGUCAACUAA